UGCCGGAAACUCACAAUGUCCUCAGCAAGGCUCUGGUACUUAGUAUGUGUUGCCAUCUGCACAAGCGUUUUCCUGUUCCUUGCAUUGUCCAUGGAGGGAUCUAUAAAACAGCAACAGGUCCUUGACAACUCGUCUUCAGGCUCAUCAUUCCGAUCCUAUCCAUUAAACUUCAGUGGUGAAUCUCUGGACAGUACUCAUUCCACGACAGCUAUUGAUGAAGAAUAUCUACAUCAAUAUAACCCUCAUCGGAAAAAAACCAACGCAGUGUUUCUGAAAGUGCACAAAGCCGGAAGUACUACAGUUAUGAAUAUAUUCCUACGCUUCGGAAUGGCAAAUAAAUUGAAUAUAGUCCUACCCAAUAAAGAGGAUGGAUACGGCUUUAAUUAUCUCGGACAUGGGAAGACAGUGGACAAAAAUACUGUUGUGCCUAUCCCCCAUAACGAAACAUACAACAUUCUUUGUAAUCACGUCGUCUACAAUCGCCAGGCGUUCCGCGAUAUCAUGCCAAAUGAUACCGUUUAUGUCGGGAUAAUUCGGGAGCCCCAAUCACACUUCCUGUCUGCCUCAUUCUACUAUCGCUUUAUUGACAGUAUACAAAAAGUGUCCGGUUUGUCCAACCGAUCAGCGCCAGCUGAGGCGAUACAUCAAUACUUCUCGCACCAAGACAGAUAUCAUCAUAUACGGACGCUGUUCGUGAGGAAUAGAAUGUCCUACGAUUUUGGUCUCCCUCCGUCCCGUUUUCACGACAACGUUUCUGUAGAAAAUUUCAUCGCUGAUGUAGCUGGUGACUUCAAGUUAGUGAUGGUAAUGGAAUAUUUUGCCGAGUCCCUUGUUCUCUUGAAGCGGUAUUUGGGAUGGGGAUUGGACGAUAUUCUGUACGUCCCCUUAAAUAUCAACAACAGCAAAUCCAAAAAACACGUCAGUCUGCUUCCAGCCGACGUGACCAAACUUAAACAAUGGAACUAUGCGGAUUUCCGGCUGUACGAUUUUUUCAAAACACGAUUUCUAGCUCAGGUAGAAGCAGAAGAUGUUCUGUUUCAUAAAGAAGUUAAACAUUUUAAAACUGUUCAACUUCAUGUGCAAAACUUCUGUUCUGAUUUACGUGACCGAAGAUAUUUGACAAUACAUGCUUCUCCAUGGAAUGAAAAAUUUAACAUUACGCCAGAUCACUGCAAGAUAAUGACAAUGUCGGAAAUCCCAUUAGUUAAAAUGCUAAUACGCCGUGCAAAGCAUAAAUACCAGAAAUACGAAGAUGUCACUCCCAAAGAUGUAUUGAGUGGGACAAGACAAAUAAUGGAGUUCGGUCAAAUUAUUUUGUCAUCUGAAAAACAGAUGUAUGAUAAACAGAAAAUUUUUCUGGUGCUAAACUGUCUAAUAUAUUGUACUGGAGAGUUGGAAGAUGGGCUAAAAACAUAUUGUACUGGACAGUUAGAAGAUGAACUAAAGCAUAUUGUACUGGACAGUUGGAAGUUAAAGGAAAAACGUAUUGUACUGGAAAGUUGGAAGUUAAAGGAAAAACAUAUUGUACUGGAAAGUUGGAAGUUAAAGGAAAAACAUAUUGUACUGGAAAGUUGGAAGUUAAAGGAAAAACAUAUUGUACUGGACAGUUAG